AUGAAGUUGGGCAAAGUGGAGUUCUGCCACUUCCUGCAGCUGAUCGCCCUUGUCCUGUGCUUCUCUGGGAUGAGCCAAGCAGAACUCUCGAGGUCCAGCUCAAAGCCCUACUUCCAGUCGGGGAGGUCCAGGACCAAGCGCAGCUGGGUGUGGAACCAGUUCUUUGUGUUGGAGGAGUACAUGGGUUCAGACCCCCUCUAUGUGGGAAAGCUUCACUCUGAUGUUGAUAAAGGAGAUGGUUCCAUCAAAUACAUCUUGUCAGGCGAAGGGGCAAGUUCCAUUUUCAUUAUUGAUGAGAACACGGGGGAUAUCCAUGCCACCAAGAGGCUGGAUCGCGAGGAGCAGGCCUACUACACGCUCCGAGCCCAAGCGCUGGACAGGCUCACCAACAAGCCCGUGGAGCCCGAGUCCGAGUUCGUCAUCAAGAUCCAGGACAUCAAUGACAACGAGCCCAGGUUCUUGGAUGGCCCGUACACUGCCGGGAUUCCCGAAAUGUCUCCUGUGGGGACCUCAGUGGUACAAGUGACAGCAACCGAUGCUGAUGAUCCUACAUAUGGCAACAGCGCCCGCGUGGUCUACAGUAUUCUGCAAGGACAGCCAUAUUUCUCGGUGGAACCCAAGACAGGAGUCAUCAAGACCGCCCUUCCAAACAUGGAUAGAGAGGCUAAAGACCAGUAUUUGCUUGUUAUUCAGGCAAAGGAUAUGGUUGGUCAAAAUGGAGGACUCUCAGGAACCACAUCCGUCACCGUGACCCUCACUGAUGUCAACGAUAACCCACCUCGCUUUCCUCGAAGAUCUUACCAAUAUAAUGUCCCCGAGUCACUGCCAGUGACCUCUGUUGUGGCCAGGAUUAAAGCUGCUGAUGCAGAUAUUGGGGCUAAUGCUGAAAUGGAAUACAGAAUUGUGGAUGGUGAUGGAUUGGGGAUUUUCAAGAUUUCUGUUGACAAAGAUACACAGGAAGGAAUCAUUACUAUACAGAAGGACCUGGAUUUUGAAGCCAAAACAAGUUACACACUACGGAUAGAAGCUGCAAACAAAGAUGCCGACCCUCGCUUUCUGAGCUUGGGGCCGUUCAGUGAUACGACGACUGUGAAGAUAAUUGUGGAAGAUGUGGACGAGCCCCCCGUGUUUUCCUCCCCCUUGUACCCCAUGGAAGUGUCGGAAGCUACCCAAGUUGGGAAUAUCAUUGGCACCGUCGCAGCUCAUGACCCAGAUUCGUCUAACAGCCCUGUGAGGUAUUCAAUUGACAGAAACACAGACUUGGAGAGAUACUUCAACAUUGAUGCCAACAGUGGAGUGAUUACAACGGCCAAAUCUUUGGAUCGGGAGACAAAUGCUGUUCAUAAUAUCACAGUCCUGGCAAUGGAGAGCCAGAAUCCGUCUCAAGUAGGGCGAGGCUACGUGACCAUCACGAUCCUGGACAUCAAUGACAACGCCCCAGAGUUCGCCAUGGACUAUGAGACCACUGUGUGUGAGAAUGCCCAGCCGGGGCAGGUUAUCCAGAAAAUCAGUGCGGUGGACAGAGACGAGCCAUCCAAUGGACACCAGUUUUAUUUCAGCCUAACCACUGAUGCAACGAACAACCACAACUUCUCACUGAAAGAUAACAAAGACAACACGGCCUCCAUUCUCACCAGGAGGAAUGGCUUUCGGAGGCAGGAGCAGUCUGUGUAUUAUCUGCCCAUCUUCAUCAUGGACAGCGGGUCGCCUUCGCUCAGCAGCACCAACACCCUCACCAUUCGAGUCUGUGACUGUGAUGCAGAUGGAAUAGCGCAGACCUGCAACGCUGAAGCCUAUGUCCUACCUGCUGGCCUUAGCACCGGAGCCCUGAUCGCAAUCCUCGCCUGUGUCCUGACGUUACUGGUGUUGAUCCUCCUGAUCGUCACCAUGAGGAGACGGAAAAAAGAGCCCCUCAUUUUCGAUGAAGAGAGAGAUAUCAGAGAGAACAUCGUUCGCUACGACGAUGAGGGUGGAGGAGAGGAAGACACGGAAGCUUUUGACAUGGCAGCAUUGAGAAACCUCAACGUCAUCAGAGACACCAAGACCCGGAGGGACGUGACUCCAGAAAUUCAGUUCUUGAGUCGACCGACUUUUAAAAGCAUCCCAGAUAAUGUCAUUUUUCGGGAAUUUAUUUGGGAGAGACUGAAGGAAGCUGACGUGGAUCCCUGUGCCCCCCCUUAUGACUCCUUGCAGACGUAUGCAUUUGAAGGGAACGGCUCAGUGGCUGAGUCCCUCAGCUCCUUGGAGUCCAUCAGUUCAAACUCUGAUCAGAACUAUGACUACCUGAGUGACUGGGGGCCCCGUUUCAAACGACUUGCGGACAUGUAUGGGACUGGCCAGGAGACUUUGUACUCCUAG